GCUGCGGCCGCAGCCGGCGGCCGCCCGCACCGCGCCGCUCCCGCCACCGGCGCAGGACGGGGGGCGGCGCCCGCCAUCGAGGACAGCGGGCGCCACUGCCUUCUUUGAGGGGCUGCCUGCGGAGCAACGGCAGGCCCUGCGGAGCGGGCUGGAGGCCACGCUCGAGCGUGGCCAGGAGCAGUUUUCGGCAUCGCCGCCGCCUUCGACGCCGCCCGCGCCUCUGCGCCACGGCUUGGGUCCAGAAGUGCCUCCUCCGAUGAACUUCGUCGAGGGGCUGUCCGCAGAGCAGCGGCAGGCGCUGAUGGCCAAGUUGGGUGCCGGCCUGCCCGGCGACCUGGACAUGGUGCGUGCGGGCGCCGAGCAGCACCUCUCCACUGUUGAGGCGUCUGGGCGGGGCCCUGCUCGGACAAGGAUCCAAUGUCGUGACGUGCACGAGCCAGUCUGCAGCGCGCACGAGCCUCCCUGCCCGAUUGGGCCGGGCACAGCAGUGUCACUUCCGUUGAAAUUGAUCGGGAAGUUGCCGGCGGAGCAGCGGCAGGUGUUGAUGGCUAAGUUGCAGGUUGGCUUGCCCCGUGACAUGGACAAGCUGCGGGAGGCCCUCACGUUGGACCCCUCUACUGUCGCGGAGACGUCCGAGGAGGGCCCCGAGCAGGCGACGGUCCAGAACUGGCCUCAGACAACACGUGGCCCCACUCUUGGCGUGCACGAGCCUCCCUACCCGACUGGGCCGGGCGCAGCUGUGCCACUUCCGCUGAAGUUCAUCAAGAAACUGUCGGCGGAGCAGCGGCGGCUCCUCAUGGCCACGCUGGAGGUGGGCCUGCCCCGCGACAUGGCAAGGCUGCGGGAUCGGGCCAGGCGGCACCCCCCCGGCGCCGCGGAGAUGCCCGAGGAGGGCCCCGCGUGGGCGAAGGUCCCGGACCGGCCCCAGGCGACGCGUGGCCCGGCUCCUACCGCUCGCGGGCCGCCCUGCACCGCGGGGCCACCGCCCUCGCUGAAGUUCCUCGAGGGCCUGUCUGCAGAGCAGCGGCGGGCGCUGACGGCCAGGCUGGAGGCGGGCCUGCCCGCAGACGUGGAGAGGCUGCGGGACCUCGCUGCGCACUCCCCGUGGCCCCUCCGCGGAGCAGCGGCAGGCGCCGCGGAGGGCCAAGCUGGAGGCCAGCUUGCCCGACGACGCUGACACGCUGUGGGAUGGCGCCGAGCGGGACCUCGCCGCCGCCGCGGGCGCAGCUGCGAAGGGCCCCGUGCGGGCAGAGAUAGUUACGCCAGACGCCGCGCCGCCGCAGUCUGCUCGGCGAGGCACCGCCGGCGCACGAGGCACUGCCCUCGGCAGCCCGCCGGAGAUUCUGGGACGUUGGCCGUGCCAACGCCGAGCUGGUGCUCGCGCGCAUAUUGUGGCGAUCACAGCGAGCCCCCGCCCCGCGCGCCGAGCCGCGCCGAGCCGCCAGCGAGCUGUGGGCGCUCUCCCCUCACCCUGUGCCCUGUGCGCGGGACUUGCUUCACCGUCGCUGUCGCUGCCGAGCCGCGUCACGUGCACCACGCGCUGGCGUGUUCCUGGGCUCUCCAUCUGGCACGGAGUGGCAGCCUCGGGCCGCCGAUUUGGAGGAGGAGGAACCUGAGGAACUCCAGGCGAGCUGCCCAGGCCUUGCGGGGGCCCCCACGCGCGCACCGGCAGCCCGUCCCGGACCUUUUGUCCGGCGACCUCUUCCUGGAAAGCCGGCGCGCAGAAGGUGGCCCUCCAGCGGACGGGCCAGGCAGUCCCCCGUCCCCGCUCGCUGGCCCAGAGCUCUCCCCCCGCUCGCGGGGUCACGGCGCGCACCCUCUGCCCUGUUGCUCCCUGAUGGCUUCGAAGGCACGUCGAGGGAGACCCGGUCGGGUGGCGACCCCAAGUGCGCCGCCGCGUUCUUGUCGCGUUUUUCCCCUCUUCGCGAAGGAAUGCCUGCCCCCGCUGCCAGGACAUGCGCCUGUCGCCGCGCCGUUUGUUCCGACGCGCGGCCUUAACGUCUCGGCGAGGGCGCCGCGGCCACCAGGGCACGGUAGCGUCGGCUCUUUGGUCGCGUCGAGAACACACGGCGCGGCGACACUUAUUGCCCGUUCCCUCUCUCUAGUGCAUGUCUUCAGGUUUCAGGUAUGUACGUGCACAUUGUGUGAAAGUAUGGUUGCCAAUCGCAAUCGAUUGCAGAUGGCACUUCUGCCGAAAACCGUCCCCACGGAAGGCCCGAACAGAAAUGGGCACCCAGCGUCUACGCGCUUCCGUGCUGACGAUGGUGGCGGCUGUCGGCGCCGCAUGUAUUAAAUAUCUUGCAGAUGCGCCGCAAAUCAUCCGCUUUGGUGGACUGAAUAUGCGCCGCAAAUCAUCCGCUGGUGGAGGCCAGCCGCAUCUGGACGUGUGCGUACAUGUGAGCAAAGGGCGGACUAGAUCUCCUGUUUCCCUUGCUCCUCCCUCUGCUCAACGAUGCUGCUCAACGAUGCUGCUCCCCCUCCCGCCAGGCAGACAGCGUGCGCGCGCCUGCAUCGUUCUAGCCACUUGCUUGUAGCAUGCGCUUGUGCACGCCCAGCCCCUCUUGCUCUGCCACCCCUGCCCCGGUCCCAGACAUCGCGUCCUGGAAAAUUCAGGAUGGAGGUUUUCACAGUUUUCGGCCUCUGAGGCCCUCGCGGGGCCCCAGGACCGUUCAAAAGCGAUUCAGAAUGAAAAACCCGCCCCAGGGAACGGUCCGGGACUUCCGGAGACCGCGUCUGGAAAAAGUCAGGACCUUGCAUGUCGUGGGGCCCUCCUCUCCGAGGACCCUCACCGAGGUCCGACUUCUGUUCCAGGGAGGCGAUUACACAGCAAUCGCCUCCUGCUCCUCUGUGUCGGUCAGCCUGCUGGCAGAGCGCGGCGCGCACUCUUCGGCGGUUGCUUUUCAGACUGAGGACUUGCGCAGUGCAGCUCGGGGCUCGAUGGUCCCAGUAUCGUUCCAGAGAAAAC